AUGACCAUCUAAUUUGGCUUUUUAUUAUCCUGUUUUAACAUCCCAUAGACGGAUAGACUUAUCAUCACUACCAGAAGCUAAUGUAUUUCCAUCAGGAGAGAAACAGAUUAAUCUAAUAAAAUAAGAAUGGCUAUCUAUUAUCAAGAAAAAAAAAUAUUUGAGUUUUUUUUGACUGAGACGAAACAUAUUUUGAUUAACUUUUUGGAUGAAAGGAAAUAUAUAUAAUUAAAAAAAAUAAUGCUUUUUCAAAAAAGAAGGAAAAUUAAGCAUUAAAAAAAAAAAAAAAAAAUUGAUAGUUUUAAACAGAAGUUGAAGAGAAAAAAGUGGUCCGACAAAAUUGAACAGUAGAUUAGAGAUUUUGAAUAUGCGAUACAGAAUUUUAACUAAACCCUAACAGCAUUAAUAGUAAUAAGAUUUUCAAAAAAUAAUGUAACAAUUCCCAUGAUGAAUUAAAUAAAAUUAUUAGUAGUUAAGUAUUAUUUUAUUAUUGUUUCUCAAUUCAUCCGUAAAAGUAAGUUGAUAAAAUACGGAAUGGGAAAUAUAAUAAUUUUAGGAGCAAUAUUGGUCAAGAAGACUGUUUAGCUUAUCAAGUUGUAAGAGGGAAUGUUUAGUCAAGUCUUUAUAAACAACAUAAAUUAGAAUUAGUGUAAAUCUUUAAAGCACAUCAUUAAGAACCUUAUAAUCAUAUUUCUUUGAUAAUAAAACGAUGCAUAAGAGCAAAAACCAAUGGGUGUGAUCGAUUUCUAUGAUUUUACAAAUCUGAG